AUGUCACGUCGAUCUGGUGGAGGAGUGGUUUCAUCGGCGUCAUCCCGUAAAGACGUUUCUCAGUGUUCACCGCGUCGAUCGGGUCGUGAACGGCAAGCCCUGUACACGAGUCUUGAUGAGAACUUCUUACUCGAGACUGCAAUCAGCAGUUCUUUGUUUCGUGCCCUUAUCAACGACGCCGAUAAAUCCUGUGAUUCGAAAAAGGUACGUCAGUCCAGAUCAUUGGACUUAUGCAAGGACAUAAAUUGCAGAUCGCCGGAUGUGAAUCUUUGUGAUGGUAUUGUUGGUGAUCGAUUGGAGUCACCUCUGGAUGAAGAUAACAAAUCUGUUCAUGUUCCAAAUAUGUACGAAUCAGUUAAACGAAGAAGGCAAGCGCUGAGACAAGCUGCUAUUGAACAUUCGAUCAAUCGGGAUGUUGGAUGUAAGAAGGAAGCAGUCGGCGUAGACACUGCAACAGACAGUCAACGUAACGAGGUAGAAGACGAAGAAGACUCAGAAUCAAGUAGUCAACAACCACGUCAUUAUUUAUUACGAACCAACAGACAUCCUGUAUCGCGGUAUGGCAUCGAAGACGGUAUUCAGCGCUCGAUGAGGUCGAUUCGCCUCGAUUUGCAACGACGUAUCCGUAGAAAUAUUUCGCGUAGAGAUCGCAAGAGGGACCGGAGACGGAGAGGUGAACAUUGGGAAGAUAGCGAUGACUCUUCGUCGUCAUUGUCUGAAUCGGCAAGUGAUAUCUCGAUUGGAGUUGAAGAGAAACGAAGACGCUAUGAACGAAUAUGCGAAAGGAAUAGUUCAAAUGAUGACGAUCAGGGCGGUCGUUUCGUUGCGAUGAAUUUUUAUGGUGAAGAGCAUAAUGGCUUGAUGUGCAAGUCAUCCGAAUUCGAUGUGAUGAAUGUUGAUCGCACGAUUACAUUCGAUAAAAUCGGUGGUCUAGAUCAUCAUAUUCGCUCGUUGAAAGAGAUGAUUUUAUUCCCGUUGUUUUAUCCAGAUGUAUUCACUCAAUACAACGUUAAACCACCGAAAGGAGUGCUGUUCUAUGGACCACCUGGCACAGGCAAAACAUUAAUGGCGCGUGCAUUAGCAAAUGCAUGUAGUAUCGGGGCUCGAAAAGUGGCUUUUUUUAUGCGGAAAGGAACGGAAUGCUUCAGUAAAUUCUUUGGUGAGUCUGAACGACAUUUGAGACGUCUAUUCAAACAAGCGUAUGAUUCACGACCAUCGAUAAUAUUUUUUGACGAAAUCGAUGGUCUUGCUCCAUCACGUACAGCAAGAGAAGACCAUUCGUAUACGUCUGUCGUAUCGACAUUAUUGGCUUUGAUGGAUGGUUUGGAUUGUCGUGGAGAGGUGAUCGUCAUUGGGGCCACAAACAGAUUGGACGCUAUCGAUCCGGCAUUGAGACGACCGGGCAGAUUCGAUCGAGAACUCAGAUUUGGUUUACCUGACAUGAAUGCGCGUGUUUCGAUCCUCAAAGUAGCAACUUCUUCGUGGAAAACAAAACGUCCAUCAGAAAAUGAUCUGGAGUUGUUAGCGGAGAAGACGGUUGGCUACUGUGGUGCAGACUUGAAGUCAUUGUGUGUAGAAGCAGUAUUCAUAGCUCUUCGUCGUUGUUUUCCGCAAAUUUAUAUAUCUGAUGAGAAAUUAGUAAUUGAUCCAACGAAGGUGAUUGUUACAAAUGAACAUUUCUUCACUGCCAUGAAACGCAUCGUACCAGCCGCAUCUCGAGAUUUCACGACUCCAUCGCGACGUCUCGAUGAGCGUAGUGUGAUUGUAGUGGGAUCAAUAUUGGAUGAACUCAUUGAGAAUCAUAUUCCGAUUGGUUAUCGCAAACCACUUCUUAUUGGUAAUGAACAACCAUCGGAUGUGUUCAGUUCAUCUCAAAUUGAAAAAGUUCUUCGGGAACUUGAUACACAUGGUGUCAUACCGUCAGUUCGUAUAUUACUUCAUGGAAAAUCGAGUGACUAUGGCCAAACCUCAUAUGUUCUACCAGCAGUGAUGAAUCGUUUAGAUAAUCUACCCGUAUUCUCACUCUCGCUGGGAAGUCUUUAUGCCCUUGGUAAUCCAGAAGAAAGUCUUUCGCAGCUAGUGCAAUCGGCUCUAAGAACGGCAUGCACAGGAACAGCGUGCAUUCUUUUGCUACCUUCAUUGGAUGAAUGGCAUCAUGCUGUUUCGCUGUCUGUUUGGUAUAGAUUGGUUGGAGCAUUAAACGGAUUCGGUGCACUCACUCCGAUUAUGUUAUUGGCCACGUCGAAUAGUCAUUAUUCAACACUUCCGUAUGAUGUACAAAAAUUGUUUUGCGCUGAAGAUGUUAUCGAGAUAGAAGCACCGGAUAAAAGAACAGUCGAAAAAUAUUUUCGCUAUAUUAUUGUUGAAAAUGGGACAAAACGAUCACGCAAAUUCAUUGCAACUGAUUAUCCACGCUUGCCGACAGCACCGAAAGAGAACGAAGAGCAAGCAGCAGGAGCAGCAUCAUCGAAGAGUCAUUCAAUGAAGCUGAGAGAAGAGGAUGUAAAAGAGUUGAAGAGACGUUAUCACGAGUGCCGUCUCAAACUGAUUGUUAAGUACGAAGAAAGUAUCCAUCGUCUAUAUCGCGAUCGUCGCUUCCAAGCAUUUGCGCGUCCAGUAGAUGCGAGAGUGGUGCCAGACUAUUAUGAUCUAAUAACGAAACCAAUGGACUUAUCGACAAUGUAUCGUAAAGUGGAACUUUAUGAAACACCACAACAACUACUUGAUGAUUUCUAUUUGAUUUACUCUAAUGCCCUUCAUUACAAUUCAGAUGCGGAUGAUGAAGGACAACAUCUUCGUUUCCUGGCCAAAUUAUUGCUGGAUAUGGGCAAAGAGAUUGUUUUUUCAUUAGAUAGAAAACUUGUUAAGUCGAUGGAGGAAAUAAAGAAAUCAUUAAGUAAAGCUGGUAUAACAGACUGGGAUAGUAUUGAUGAUGAAAGCGGUGAAUGUGAGGAAGCGAUUAGCGUUGAAAAUGUAUUAAUAAGUAAUGAUGACGCCGCAACUGAUAAUCAGCAUGUUAUUGCAACAUCCCGAUUACUUACUGCUUUGGAAUGCACCGAAACAAAACAGUCUUCUUCAGCCAAUCUAGAUGCGCAGCAAGAGCAACAGCAACCUGAAUUGAGUCAUCAUACAUUACGUAAAACAAAUAAAAGACGUGGUGGUUCGUUGAAUGCAGCACGCUUCAGAAGUCAAAAAUCCAGAAAAUUAUUAGCAAAAAAACGCAGAAGUAGUAUGGAUACGAGUGCUACUUCGAUUAGUGCGAAUAGUGGACUGAAUGCUCAUUUGGAUGCUGAUAAGGUGUCAUUUUUAACAACUGCUGGUGUAAGGAAAAGGAAACAAGAGGAUGUAAACGAAGAAUUAGAGAAUGAAGAUACGCGUUCAUCACUCGAUCACACCGAUUGUCCUCUAGAAGAACGAUGUUCUAAUAAAGUGUCUGAUAUCUCUUCUUCACCUUUCGAUCGUGCACAUGAUGUCGUUUGCACUGAAGCACUUGAAAAUGUCGUUCACAAGGUUGUCUCAAAGACGUCUGCUUGGCCGAUAGUUCAACUGGAACGUUUAGGUGCUGAACUGAUUCAGGUGAUUAGUCAGCAUCAUCAUAAUGGACUGUCAUUGAAUGAUGGUGACGACGGCCUGUUAAGAUUGUGGCUGCCCUCCAUCACUACUUCAAUUGAAAAAGUGACACCAAUGGGCAAAAUACCGCUGAUUAUCAAUAAGAAUAUUGCGGUGAAUUACUUCGGUGAUAAGGAUUCAUCUCCAACCAAAUCCAUCAAAUAUCGCUUCUUAACUCAUGCACGAGGAAAUGCAACAUACGGCCUAACUUGCGAUUGGGAAGGUGAGCAAGUCUAUUGCACUUUGGAAACAGCGAAACUUUUAAAAGUGAUUCUCGAGCCAACUGAACGACAUCAGUUUAUUGACAGCAAAUGGGUGACAGCAUUGGAGAUGAAUAAACGUUAUAAAUUGGAUAAAUUGUGGGUGACAGCAUUGGAUUCGAACCAUGUACGUGGCUCAGCGAUGUUCAUCUUCGAUGGGCCAGCACUAAAACAUGCUCCAGUUCUUUGCACGGGUGAUAUUCGUGCUGACUUAUCGUUCUACUCAAAGCCAUCAAGACCACUUCCUCUGCUAAAUGAGUACAAAUUUGAUCGAAUCUACUUGGAUAGUACCUAUCUAUCAUAUCCAGACGUGUCGUUCCCAUCGAGACUUCAAUCGGUCAAAGCAGUUAUCGAAAAGAUAGCUAAAAUACCCCAACAGUCGCAAAUCUAUUUAAUCACGCAGUCCGUGGGUCGCGAGCAAUUCCUUGUCGAUCUGUGCACUUAUCUUAAAGCAUCCACGUUGCGCAGUUUCACAUUAUUCGGAUCAUUCGAAUCGAUUCGAAAUAAAUCGGCUCCUGGCACAUCUUACAUUCGAUCGCGUACUCAGUUGCACAUACGUAUGCAGCUAAUGAUACACCAGAUACGUUACGGUCACACGAAAGUGUAUAAAACGCAGCAAAAAGGUAGAAAUGUGAGUGAUAGUGAAGAGGAUGAGCAACAAGAAAAAGAGAGACCAAAUACGGCUGGUUUGCUGCAAACAAUCGUCGACAAACUGGCUGACUGUUCGAACCAAACUGAAGAACGUGAUGUGGCCAUUGAAAGAUUCGAGCGGGAAACGAACAUCUUUAAUUUAUUAUACGCGAUGAAUCCACAACAGUUAGCACGACAUCUGAGGGGUUUACGUAGGUAUCGAGCAAUCCACAACAAAGAACGUAAUCCAGAAAGAAUGGUUGCAUUGGAUGAUGAAGAAGACGAUUUCUUGGACUAUGCGUGUGAAGAUGACAAACUGGCAGCUGCGCUGAAAAUGCUGAAAAGAUCGAUUGAACAUGAGCUACAAUCAGAAAUUCAGCGAAUCAAAUGA